AUGGUUAGUAAGGCACCCCCGGGCAUUAGGAUACUCCCCUCGGGGUCGUGUGGGGACAGGAAUGUGACGUACAGAAUCUAUAUUCUGAUUUUCACCUUCCUGUGUUACACCUGUUUUCACAUGUCCAGAAAACCGAUCAGCGUAGUCAAGAGUGUCCUUCACCAGAAUUGCUCCAAAGUGACAGAUGACGCAAACAAACAUCACCUUGAUAAUGAUACAACAUGGUGUGACUGGAAACCGUUUGAUGGAAGUGAUUACAGCGAGCUGUUUGGAACUCUCGAUCUCGUCUAUUUAUUUGCGUAUGCUAUCAGCAUGUUCUUCAGUGGACACAUAGCGGAGCGGAUGAGUUUGCGGUACUUCUUGUCCGGAGGGAUGUUUAUGACUGGUAUACUGACAGCAGCGUUUGGUAUGGGAUAUUUCUGGAACAUUCACAGUCUCGGUUACUACAUAGCUAUACAGGCAGUUGGUGGGAUGUUUCAGUCAUCAGGUUGGCCGGCUGUUGUGGCCUGUAUGGGAAACUGGUAUGGUAAGGGAAAGCGCGGCCUUAUCAUGGGGAUCUGGAAUUCCCAUACAUCUGUGGGUAAUAUCCUUGGCUCAUUAAUCGCCGGUGCAUUUGUCAAUAAAAUGUGGGGUUGGUCGUUUGUGCUUCCUGGUAUCAUCAUUGCAUGUCUCGGCAUACUUGUGUUCUUCUUCCUUGUCCCAGACCCAAAAGAUGUUGGUUGUAGUCUUCCUGAUCACCAAGGCACUAAAGUGACGACAACGAAACAAAGUGUGGACAGAACUGAUGAAGUAGAAUCAGAAGAGAAUAAACAGCUGCUGGGAACAUUACACAAUGUCAACCAUUAUGACACAGUGUCUAAUGAUUACAACAGUACCACAAAUUUUAUCAAGACACCGGCGCAAAAGGAAAAAGCAAUUAAUUUCUUUGCAGCACUGCGGAUUCCGGGAGUGGUGGAAUUUUCGAUAUGUUUGUUCUUCGCAAAACUUGUAAGCUACACGUUUCUCUUCUGGCUGCCAAAGUACAUCAGCAGUAAAUCUGAUAUUGAUGCUGAGAAGGCUGCCGAUCUGUCAACACUCUUUGAUGUCGGUGGCAUAUUUGGGGGUAUAGCGGCAGGCUUACUUUCCGACUACACAGGAGCAAGAGCCACCACAUGUGUUAUACAGCUGAUGUUAGCUGCGCCAGUGAUGUAUAUAUAUAACCUUUAUGGAAGCAUCGACCUGGCUCAUAGUAUAGGGCUCUCUCUUCUCUGUGGAUUCAUGGUUAAUGGCCCGUAUGCCUUAAUAACUACUGCAGUAAGCGCUGACCUGGGAACACACAAAGUCUUACAGGGUAAUUCCAAGGCACUGGCUACCGUCACAGCAAUCAUAGACGGUACCGGAAGUAUAGGUGCUGCUAUUGGUCCACUGCUGGCAGGUAUAAUUGAGACAACAGGCUGGAACAAUGUCUUCUAUAUGCUGAUUGGCUCCGAUAUUAUAUCGCUCUUGUUACUUCUGCGUCUGUUCGUGAAAGAAAUUCUAGAGAAAGUUCGCACGUAAUGGAUCUCUCAACAUCUAAUGCAGAAUGUCAUUACAGAACAGCCGUCUUGUGUGAUGUCACUAACACAAAACUACCAUGUGUAACCAUCAUCCAAGUGCACUUAUGGAACUCUAUAUCAAAGCGGUCUACCCUAAACUCGUUAACAGAUUAAUUCCUAUUUUGUACCGAUGUGUUAUUAACAGGUGUUCGUAAUUAUAUACUUAACAGUUUGGUGUCCAAACUGAUGACUGAUGAUUGGAUGUCCGUUCGGAUUUGUUAUUCUCAUGCGUUUGUCAUUCUUUUAACUGUUGCUUUGCUCCCAGCAUCCAUGUUUCAUUGAUGGUGCAGGUACUUCGGUUGCAUUCUCUAUACUUUAUUUGAAUUGUUACUUCCUGCACGUGUUUUAUUUGAUUCUAUGUUUUAUCCAAAGUAAGUAUAACAAUAUAUUUCCCAGGGCAAAGUUUAUUUUAACUCUCCCUUCUUACCUUGCUAUGUUCUAGUUUAAACAUUCCACGUGUGGUCUUUUUCUGACAAUAUUUUAAUCUUAACAUCUCCAAGACUGUAUGAACCAGAUUUUAAUUAUUCAAAUGUUAUACACGUUGAUGUUGGCCCUGGUCUCAUUAAUGUUAUGAACACAGGAUUAGUUACUUGCAAUAUCGGAAGACUAACAUGACUGGACUCGUUUAAGACGCUGUCCCUUCAGGAGCACCUGUUUUUUCAUUGUAUCAAGAAACCCUUUUUAAACAUUCUUUUGCAAAUAUUUUUCAAACGGAGUACUGUUUGUAUGAAGAUUGUCAUGUCAUGUCGGUAAUUUUGGGUUGUUUCGUACAGUUUUUAUGAAAUAUUUAAUGAAAUAGAGUUGUUACCGCAUUGUUAAUCAUAUCACCAACUAGUUUAGUUGGUUCGUGUAAUAAACAUUUGAAUUUGAUUACACACAUUGGUACUUAAUUAAUCAAGAACAGGUGUUGAAAUGUAAGAUCACAUUACCAAUAUAUUAGACAAAUAUUUUUUAUGGACAUUUUGUUUCAUUUCAUUACGAAAACAAUUUGAUUGUUUGAUUUAUUACCUCAAUAUUUUUUUAUAUAUAACAAGGAUUAAUGAUUUUCAUGGUCUUUUUAUU